AUGUCAGAGUCACUCAAAAUUGCUAAGAACCGCCUUUCUGCUGUCGCUUCGACGUUAACCGGAGGACUGGUAGGGCCUAGCCACCAGCUUCCGGCCUUUGACGAUCUGCCAAAGGUACUCGGACAGCCACAGGGAUGUAUCUGGGGUGUCUUCGAUAAAGAUGGCAAGAAGGAUGAGGUUGGAACCCUCAACCUCCUUACCCCUUCUGUUGUACAAGCAGCAAGUCGCGAGAUUCAAUCUGGCGAGCAUGUCCAGCUCGAUUGGCCCCUCAACAACGUCCAGUUCCCCGGGUUCGGACGCAAGGAGUUCAACCAAACGAUGAUCGACUUGAAGCCGAGUUUGGGCUUCGCAGCCAUGGACGACGAAGUUUACAUCAACACGCAAUCGGGUAGUCAAUGGGACAGCUUAAAGCACUUUGCGCACCAGGCUACUGGGAAAUACUAUAAUGGGUUGACUCAUGAAGAGGCGACCAAAACUAUCACAAAUGGCAUUCACAACUGGUGUGAACGGGGUGGCAUUGUUGGGCGAGGAGUGCUUGUGGAUUGGCUUCGCUGGUAUGAGAAUAAGCACGGGAAUCCGCCAUCCCCCGUCUCACGGUAUGCAAUACCGGUGGAGGAACUGGAAGAGACGUUGAAGUGGCAAGGCACGACUACCCGACCUGGAGAUAUCAUGAUGAUUCGAAGCGGCUAUGUUCGAUGGCAUGACAACGCUUCUGCCGCCGAGCGCAAGAGCGGUACGCAAGAAAAUAGCCUAUACGACCACCACUUCGCUGCCGUAGCCGGUGACACAGUUGCCUUUGAAGCAUGGCCCCCUUCUUUAGAGGAUGGCUGGUGCCUACACGAAUGGCUUCUCGUGCAAUGGGGCACUCCUAUUGGGGAGAUGUGGAAUCUCGAAAAAUUGUCCAAGAUUUGUGAGCAAAAGGGACGAUGGACGUUUUUCUUGACAAGCGCACCUCUGCAUAUCAUGGGUGGUAUUGGAAGUCCCCCUGGAGCUAUUGCUGUUUUCUAA